AAAAUACAUAUUGGCUGCAUUUCAUUUUUGUCAGCAAAAUGACAUUUUUGUUGACAUAAAAAUGUCAGCAAAACAUGGUGGGAUUCUCAAAGUAGUUUCUACCUUUUCUGCUUUAAUUUAACAUCCAGCCGAUAAAAAGUUGGAGAAUUGAAGAGCUUGCUUAAUAUUUGGUGAGAUUUUGAAUGGCUUUAAUAUCAAUACUAACUGGCAAUGAGUUUUGUUUUAAUGGAUCGGCAUAGCUUUUUUUAUUGGUUAAAUAAAUAAGAAAAAAUCCGAACAAGAAUCCUUGUAAACAUACAUCUCAAGACCAAAGGUUUUUUCCCUUCCUAUCUUCACUGCGGGAAAGAAAGGUCGAGAAACUUGGCUGGGUAUUUACUUCCUUCCUCUUAGGGGGUGGGAAUAAGGCGUCAGAAACUGGUAUUUGAUUGGGCUCGAAGCGGUCCAGAGGAACGCUAUUGGUUAGGACAUGUAGCAAGGUGCAGAGAUGGCAACGUGGAGCACAAUGCGUGUAUGCUGGCUAGUGAGCAAAGAUAGAAGCUGUCAGCGAAUUAAACUACCGCAUUUAGAAAUGGUGGUGAUAGGGCGUGGGCCUGACACGGAGAUAACAGACAAGAAGUGCUCACGAAAACAAGUACAACUAAAAGCAGAUUACAACAAAGGGUAUGUCAAGGUUAAACAGAUAGGAGUCAAUCCAACCAGUAUUGAUCUAGUGGAUGUUGGUAAAGAUCAAGAAACAAGACUGAAGCCAGGACAGGUUCUCCAUAUUGUCAAUAAAUUGUAUCCAUACACUGUACAAUUCUUGGAGGAAAUGGGCACAUGUGUUGGUCGGGAAAGCAAGGAACUUGCUGAAAAAAGGCCACACAGUGAACCUGAGAACAAAAAUGUGGAAAGCUUUUCUGGAAAACAAAUAAAAACUGACCAGAUGGAACUGCAAAACUACAAUUUGUAUAACGUGGUGACAGAUGGCAGUUCUGUUUCUUCACUUGAAAGCUCUUCUACCAAAAUGGAAUGUAUGCCAUACUGGGCUCAAGGUCUGAAGGUUUCUAUGCAAAACCCAAACAUGCAGGUUUACAAGGAUGAGCAAGUUGUAGUUAUAAAGGAUAAAUAUCCCAAAGCUCGCUAUCACUGGUUAGUGUUGCCCUGGAAAUCUAUUUCCACUUUAUUUGUAGUAACUCAUGAGCAUCUUGAACUGUUGCAACAUAUGCACAAGGUUGGAGAAAUGAUAAUCCAGCAGUGCGCGGAGAAAGACAGCCUGCACUUCAGAUUAGGCUACCAUGCCAUACCCAGCAUGAGCCAGCUACAUCUUCAUGUCAUUAGCCAAGACUUUGAUUCUGAGUGGUUUAAAACCAAGAAGCAUUGGAAUUCCUUCACAACCAAUUACUUCUUGGACUCUACAGAUGUGAUAGCAGUGAUAAAAAAGAAAGGAAGAAUAACUGUGGAUAAGAAUGCUACCCAACUUCUAACAUUGCCACUGAAGUGCCACAUGUGCAAAAAGCAACUACCAACUAUCCCUCAGUUAAAAGAACACCUUAAAGAACAUUGGCCAAAAUGACGCAUGGACUGAUUUUAUUUAUGCACGACAGCUUCCUGAAUAUUGGGUAAACUCAGUUCCAAUGUUCAUAUGCAAAUAUUAAUGCUAUUGCCUUAUGAAGUGUGCCAAAACAUUGUCUACCUUAAUGUGACCAAUGGUAUUUGUGGAGGGAAGUGGCUGUUACGGAUAGGAGGGAUGUGGAGAUGUAAAAGGUUUGUACAAUGAUGUUGUAUUUGUGCUUUUGCAGUGGAACCCUCACCCAAGACAUCACUCUGCCUUUCGUGCUAAAGAAUUUGUUAUAACUAAUUGGCCAAUUAAAAUGAGCCCUGCUGUUGAAUGAAUCUUUUUGUUAUGUGUUUUAACUUUGAUGUGACGGAAGGUAACUUUGCGCUUACAUUCAGGGUACUAUUCUACAUUUCAAGCUGAACCUUGGCAUUCAUUUUCAAAACUGGCACGGGUAAAAGGUGAUAAACCUAAAAUGUACUAUGGUAAGAUUUGAUUUGUAGCCUGAGAUAUUAGGAUAAUGUUCCACCCUAUGUUGGAGGCAUUUCUCUGCUUUCCCAAUUUGACUUUCAGCUUUAUCACUAUACUGUUUCUAAGUGGAGUGCUGUGGGUGUAACAGGCAUUACGAUAUGAAAUCUGAAAACUUAUUUUUUUAAAAAUCACUUGAACUCCUGUAUUUAUUUCAUCAAGUGUAUGUAUCUACAAUGCAAAGCAAUGCCUAUUAAAUUCUACUUCCUGCCUA